GAACUGCUCUUCUUCGUCUCGACAGCUGCUCUGAUCAAUCCACGCCCUCACCCUCUGGACUCUCCAAAACCCUCGAUCCCUCCGCCGCCAUCAUGGACCACGGCCCAAACCGCAGCUUCGUCGUCGCGUGCUCGCCAUACAGCUACCGCGCCCCCAGCCCGCCCGUCAUCGGCGUGCCAGUCAAGAGCCGCGACGACUCUCAGAUCGUCCUCGAGCCCUUGCCCGGCCGCGUUCACCCGAGCCUGAUCUCCAGAGAGAACCUCGCCAUCAUCACCGGCAACAGGCAGCAGGUCUCAGUCGACAACACUUGGCUGUGGAAGUACGAGCAUCGCAGGGAGGCCCAGCGCAUCCUCGACUACCUCUACCUGGGCCCUGCCAGCAUCGUCCGCGACCACGACUUUCUGCGCCGGGAGGCCAUCACCAUGAUUGUCGUCGUUCGCGACGGUCGGGCUCCCAUGGUGCUCGGCAGCUUACAGAGGGCAGCGGCAACACUCGGCAUUUCUGCUGGCUACAUCGACAUCAACCCCAAUCACAUACUGGCCGCCUUUUACGAGAUUGUUUCCGUCAUCAACAACCAUCUGCUAUCCAACCACUUUUGCAGAAAGGAGGUGGCAGACGGCUCUCGUGGGCUGGGCAAGGUUCUGGUCGUUUGCGAUUCGGGCACUGACCGCGGCCCUCCCCUCGUGGCGGCAUACAUCAUGGCCGUUUUCGGCCAGGACAUCAUGACGGCGCUUCAGUUUGUCAAUAUCCAGCGCUUCUGCUGCAACUUCACCGAGGAUGCCAAGCGAGCCUUGUUGACGUGGGAUGGCUUGCUGAAAGCUGGCGCCCUCGUGGCCAUGCAAUCUGCUCACGACGACACUCUUCUUUUCACUGACAAGGCUGCCUGUUACAAGACUAGCACCAAGCGCGCCAUCGACGAUUUGAUGGAGGAUGUUGAUGAAAAGAUGGGAUGCGAUGCCCUUGCUGACGGCGAGCGCUUCGAAGGCCGCGAGACUUUCGUGCCGUUCCAGGAAAUCAGCUAUUGACCAGAAAAGGGCUCACGCAUGUCAUGAAGGGUAAUCGUGGUAGAAGGAAUAAGGGGGUAGAUGUCAUGAUAGGGCACGAGGUUGUUGGUAUACACACACCAUGGGCGUUAUACGGAACAAAGGGUUAUGUUUAGAGAUACCAAUUUGCUGCACACUUGGCCAUCCGAGUUUACGGGCAGCUUGUUUUCGCAACGGAGGCACUGUAUUUGUGUAUAUAGGAUUAAUGAAGAAAAAAAAAGAAAAAAAAGACCCUGAA